AUAGUGAAAUCCCCAUGAGAAAGGGUUUACAAUUUUCUCUUUUUUUCAAUUGACCAAACAUAGAUGAUUGAAUGACACAUCUUUAUACUUUUCUUUUGAGUCAUGAUCCAUCCACCACCUGCUUCCUUCAAAAACAGUCCUCAAUUCAAAGUACAGAAAUCUCUACAACUAACUCAACAGUAAAGGAUGAACUUUGAGAAUUCAAAGAGAGAAAAAGUUAAGAGGGCCUAUGUCCCUUCUUUUCCAGGGAAUCUAGCCAGGAUUUAUGCCUUCUGCUUUCCAUGAAGAUUAACCAAACUUGUCAUCACUGCUUUAUAGAGGUCAAAUAUAUAUAUAUAUAUAUAGCCAUCAACCACCUUCAAGUUUUCAAAAGCACAAAACAGAAAGAACAACAUCAAGAGGAUAUUUUGGUAAUGAAAUUUUUGGUAUUCGAAUGGUGAACAUGGAAAUUGUUCCAGCAUGCAAGAACAUAGCGGCUCAAUAUGUGGAAAUGAGAGUGCCUUUGUAUUCUUAUGGGUGGGAGGAGAAAGUAAACAAGGCUCCAUCACAUCUCAGAGGUACACACUUGGUAAAUGUGGAUUUCUAUCAACAGAAGGUGACAAUGUGGGGAAUAUGCAACAAGUAUGAAGUGCUAGCAACCAUGAGGAAGAAGAGAAAACAAACUCAAUUUUGGAAUCCAGAAGACAAUAAUGUAGAAAUGGAACCAUCGCAACCAACACUGUCAUCACUAUACCCUCUUCCACAUGACUGCUCCAUGCCAUCUUUAACUCUAGCUAGGGCUCGGUCUCUCAAUUGGAAAGCAUGGAAGAAGGUCUUCAUUCGGUCCAAUUCCUUCUAAAAUUAAGAAUAAAUGUAAGGUUGAUCACUGCACCAAAAAAAAAAAAAAAAAAAGAUGGUUUUUGACAUGUUUGGCAACUGCUCCUUCGGAUUUUUCUUAUCCAUAUAAAAUAUGAAACAUUUGGUCAGUCAGCAUGAGUGUGCACAAACAAACAGAUCCUUGCUAUUCAUGAUAGUCCAACAGAUAAGUACUAGUAUUAGACUUGAGGGGAUGAACCCAUCAUUUGACACAUUUCCUCUAGAAAUUAAGACCAUGUUUGGCCAAAUUCAAAGCUUGUUAUCCUGGUAGGAACUAGUCAUUGUUUUGUCUUCCAAAUGAGAAAAUUGGUUUCAGAUUUUCAAAUUAAGGGUCUCUUUCUUUUCUCUUUUCUAAUAUGUAUAAGUAAACAGGUUGUCAUUUUGUGAUUUAGAUCAUUUUCCAUCCAAAGCAUUAAAAAAUUUUGGAACUACGUACAUUGGAAGCUUCAUACAGUUUUUACCCCUUCAAUUUCUUCGAAAAUUCUCCAUUUUAUAGUUUUUUCUAAAUAAAUCAUUCAACUUUUUUCGUUGGGUUGUGCUUAAAAUUCCAAAUGCACUCAAAAAUGUUUCAUCCAUUUAAAUUUAAAGACAAAUUUAAUGUCUCUAUUGGGAUUGGUUGCAGGGAUUUGUCUUAAUGAUAACUCUUACGACACACCUAGGGAUGCUCCAAGAUGUCGAUACAGCUUGUUAAAAAUAAAAUAAAAAUAGUAAUUAAAAACAGAUUAAGAGAGUUGGUGAUAGAAAGAAACUAUUGACAUAGAGAGCCUUAAAAUUAGGUCCCAACUGGUUGUUACUUGUUAAUGAUUGCAAAAUUAAUCAUUGUCAUGACAUUAUUGUUAAUAUGAUUAUAUAGAUAUAAUAAAAAACCACAUGGAAGAUUACAAUUAAACUAGAAAAUAGCAUUAAUAAAAAAAAAACAAAGGCAAGUUAAUCCCCAUCUUAUAAUUAAAAAUGGAUGUAUAAAGAUAGAACUAUCAACUUGACUUCACAUUUUCCAUCCUUUCUUUCAUCAAACCCAUCUCCCAGUUCUCUUCCAUCAACAAAAUACACAAUUUUGAGAGAGAGAGAGAGAGGGAGGUGAUGAUAAACGUGGGGAUGGUGGUGGAGCUGUUGGAAGAGUACAGGGCGGCAAUGGCAAGGGUGAGGGAGCAGCUUUUGGUCCCAAGGCGUAUGAGAAUGCAAGUGCAGUUUCUGAGGAGUUUCCAUUCUGCUUCCACUUCAGCCAUUACUGCUCAAGAAGAUUCUCCUUCUUUCAUGGUUUACUUUUGAAAAAACUCAGAAUUCAUAUUUCUGAGAUCUCUUCUAGAGUCCAUUUCAUCUUCUUGUACUUUAAUUUAUUGAUUUAUUUCCCUUCAGAUCAUGUGGUUAAAAUGGCUUGGAUGGUAGAGAAUUCUUUCAUUGCAUAGUACCCUUUUACUAUGCAAAAGUUCUUUCAUUGAAGUACUGCAAAAACAAUAACACAGUUCAAGCUCUAUGCAGAACAUUGUGAUUCCAA